GCGAGAGGUGUAAGAUGGCGACCGGUGGGUCGUCUGCAACGAUUGCAACGGGAUCGCGGCGGCUGCGGUGACUGUAAUGUCGCGCCAGGAAUCAUCGGACGCCGCAUUUGUAGCGCGGCGAUGCCGGCUGCCCGGUCGGCCUUCGUGAAGACGGUGUGCCGUGCUGGAGGAUAUUGUGCUCCUCUACCUCGUUUGAAGUCAGUGUUGUCAAACCGGGCGAGUGCGAGAACUGCGCGCUGAUCGAAGCGAGUCUUCAUCCUUCAAGAACAGAUUUCGUUUUCGCCCGGGGAAAUUAUGAACGGCGCCCGGAGACCCUCGAUGGCCGAUGGGCUUCCCGGCCUCAGCGCCGAGCAGACCCCGCGGUGACCCCUGCCCUCGCCCAAUGGCCGACGGCGAGCCGCGCAAGAAGACCGGCAGCCCCCCGGCGGACCCGAACCACGUGUCCGUGCAGCUGGAGCCCCCGGCGACACCCAAACACAUGCGCAGCGCCCCGAUCCGGAUCCUCACGCACCCGGUGGACCGGAACCUGACCUGGUCCUUCCUGGCCUCGGUGGCCUUUGUGUCCCUGGCGGCCAUCGUGGGCCUGCCCGUGGUGCUCGUGCUGCUCUCGCUGCUGCCGGUGGCCGUGGUGCUGAGGCACGCCGGCACGUCGUGCGCGUCAGCCCGCGAGGGCGUGCUCUGCGAGGACGACAAGCGCUUCGUGUCGGCCAUCGACACCGUCUGGCUCCACGAUUCCGAGUUCAACUUCCACAUCGCCCACUGCGUCUUCUUCGUCGAGCCCGGGCUGACUGCAAGCCUGCUCGGGCAGCUCAUCGCCGAGAGGAUACUGGACAAGACCAACGAUGAGGGAAAGCGCAUCUUUAGGAGGUUCACGCGCAAGGUGGUGCCCGUCGUGGGCGGCUUCACGUGGGUGGAGGACGAUCGGUUCCGCAUCGAGCACCACGUGCUCGAGGACACCCGGAGCCUGAAGGACAGCCACCAGCUGCGCCACUACCUCAUGGCGCUCAUGUCCAGGGGCAUGAACGUCAACAGGCCCCUCUGGGAUCUGCACGUCCUGCCCAACUUCGACAAGGGCCGCGAGACGGUUCUCGUGGCCAGGGUGCACCAGGUGAUCAGCGACGGCGUGUCUCUGAUGAUGCUCUUCUGCAACCACCUGUGCGACCCGGGACCCGGGCUUCGGCUCAAGCCCCGCUUCGGAGGCUCCAGCUUCCCGCUCAACGUGUUCCGCGCCCUGGUGGUGGGCCCGCUCACAUUCCUGGUCACGUGGCUGAUGCUGACCAAGCGGGACAGCAACUACCUGAAGCGCAGCGGCAAGGCCCUGGCCCGCCAGCGGGUCAUCGCCUGGACCGGCUCCAUCCGCAUGUCGCAGGUGCACCGCAUCAAGCAGAUCACCCGGAGCACCUUCAACGACGUCCUCAUGACCGCCAUGUCCGGCUCCCUGAGGAACUUCUUCAAGAAGCGCGGCAUCGUCAAUCCUCCCGACAUCAAGCUGUGCCUAGCCGUGGACCUCCGCUACGAGCCGGCGUCGGGCGAGCCCACCCCCGAGCUGGGCACUCAGCUGGCCACGGCGCUGGUGAGGCUGCCCACCAACACCGAGGGCGCCAUCCCCAGGCUCUGGGAGGUGCGACAGGUGAUGGAGGAACUGAAGAGCUCUCCGGAUCCCGUGGUCAUGUACGGCGCCUCCCAGCUCCUUUUCACCUUGCUGCCCUACAGACUGGCGCACUGGUUCCUGGGCCUGUGGCAGCGCAAGCCGUCGGCGGUGCUGUGCAACGUGCCGGGCCCCGAGAACCACGUGGUGCUGGGCCUGAGCCGGGUCCGCUCCGUGGUCGCCUGGGCGGGCUGGACGCCCGACGUGCCCGUCGCCGUCACGGUCACCUCGUACGCGGGCGCCUUCAGUGUCGCCGUCUCGGCACAGGUCGACGUGGUCCCGGACCCGGACGAGAUCGUGCGAGACUUCGCUAGGCAGUUGAACCACCUGUCGGACCUGUUGUCCAAGCGACGGAUCCCCGGCGAACAUCGGCGGCGCUCGAGUUACACGGCCGAACGUCGGAACCAGGAGAUCAUCAAGCCGCCGCUGCACGAGCUGCAGCAAAAGCUGCACCGGGUGCAAGAGGAGAUCCAGAGGGUGCGUCAGCAGCUGGACGCCCUGCAGCUGGAGCAGGGUGAGCCCAGGGCGCCCCAGGCCCCGGCCAGUCCCGAGCAGGCGGCCCUCUCCAUCCGCCUCCGAGAACUCCAGGAGCAGUUCUCGGAACUCCUACUGGGCAUCAGGCGCCGCAAGUCUCUCGCCACCGACGGGACCCUGCUGGACGUUGAGGAGGACGACGACCUGGACGGCGGUCUCCGGCGUCCCCGUCGGCGCGCCCUGUCCGUGACGGUCCGCCGGGCGAGCCUGCAGGCCGUGGCGUCCACGGCCAGGCCCCUGACCACAGGCUCGUCGCCCGUCUUCCACACCCCGGACCCGAGCCCCGUGAGCCCCGAGCCGCGCUCCGGGCCCACCGCGGCAACCCUCUUCCACCAGCUCUGAGACCAGACUUUGGAGACGUGCUGUGACGAGGCAGCCUACAUCGUCCAGGACGGCCGGCAAAACCCGAGGAGUGACAACGGCACCCCGAAGUAAACAUCCGGUCAUGACACCCGAUUGGUGCCUCGCAUCAGCAGAUCUCGCUAAAAGGAACCAACAGCCGUUAAAGGAGAGAGCCAAAGUAACCUUCGACGCCAAACGGACAUCCCGCAUCCUAUGUGUGGUUGAGAGCCUCGGUGGAACCAGCCGAACCUUCACGUAAAGCCAAUUCUGCGACGUCAAGUUCCCGCUGAGUCAUGUGCGCAUGACGCCAGAGUGACCCGGUGUAAAACACAAAACGCUGCAAUUAUCGCUAGGUGGUGCGGUGUUCGCCCAAUAAUUACGACGACACCAACGCCUGCGUGUGCGAUCAUUCUGAUUGUGUUUUCCUUGUCGCGAGCUUUUCGCGGUCACCUCGCACGAAACCACGUCAUUGGAAGUGCGACGUCGCGGGACGACGUGAAGAAAAGAUCACGUGUCGUGAACAGUCAAUCAAGUGACAUGAACGGCUGUCUGCGUGUUUUAAGAACCUCGCCAACAGGCCCUUCUGCAAAACGGGUCCCUCCUGCCGGCAGCUCCUAGUCACACCCCCAAGUACCGUAAACAAAACUUGGAUGUGCGAUUGUCUUCGGAUUUCUCUCUUUUCAGUACAAGACAUGAUGCUGCUUGACCAGAAGACUGAUGUUAGCACGUGUUAUUCAGGAAAACAAAAUACUAACAAGUAAAUCUGCUAAACGAUAUACUGCAGGAACGGCAGCUUGGCGUCAUAAAAAAUUGUACAAUUUUGUUACGUGUUAUAAAGGGACCUGAUGAUUCGGCCUAGCGUCAUUCUCGUGGCCAAGCUAAUAGCAGGAAACCCAAGGCUGAGACCGCAAGGCAUGGCAGUUCGGUAAAAUCAAACUCGAUGAGUCAUUUAUCGCAUCACAGAUUGCUACGGCCCUCUUUGUCACAAUGCCACAGUACCACAAUCAAAUAGGUUAACAUCACACACAUCCGUGUCACAAAUCAGGCACAAGCCAAGAUGUCCUCGGAAAGUAUGCGAUGAUUUAUCACUUACAAAGGUGGGGAGGGUUGAAGAUGAUGAUAACAUUAGGUUAGCCAUCCAGCUUGCAAACUCACAAAUUGGUCACAUGAUAUUAGUUAUUUCUAUAAUUAUGUUUACUUUUGCCACAUCUGAGCUUAGCAGUACUCGUUUUAAAUCACGCAGGUUUGCUUGUUUCAUUGCGAUGCUCCACAGCACCGGUGUGUGCAGGUAUGCCAAUGUGGCGUACAACUGUUGUUAAAAGGAUGGGAACUUAUUAAUAAGCUGAUUAUCAAUCUUCGUUUUCAAAACAAAUUUACGACAAGAAUUCUAGACCAGGUUCACGCGGAAUACCUUAAGUUCCAUGCAAUACUGGUAAUUUGGCAAUCAUCAAAGGAGAUUCUAUUCCUUUACAGUUGUGGCAUGCGCUCACGACCCACAAGCCCUAAAAAUGAUUGGGCGAUUGGUAAGGGACCAUUUAAAGUUUUUUUUAGACCUUCCCUACCUUCUGUUGCCACUGUGAACUUGCAAUGAUAUAGUUCAAAUAACAUAUCGGACGUUUUGAAAACAUCGAUAUCGUUUCAAUUCUGGUACAAUACGAUAUACCUGCCUGUACUAUGUUAUACCUUGAAAACUGCAGAACAGGCUCCGCACACACACACACACAC